GGAAACAAAACAGGAUCAGAUAAUGUUAGCUCUGUAAGUUCAGUUUGUUAAUACAUUUAAUUUCUGCUACUAGCUAUAUUUGAAUUUUCCCCUUAUGUGGCUUUCCUUAAUCUUUCAUAUUCAUCAAAUUUGCAAACUAAGGCAACAGAAAACAAAACGGGAUCAGAUAACUACAACUCUGUAAGUUCAUUUCUUGAUACGCAGCGGAGCACCAUGGGUUAGAAAAUUUGGUAAUCCACCCAUCUGAGAAAUUUUGGUAAUCACGUGACCGUACGCCCGACCGUUCGUCCACACCACAGGCAUACCAAUGUAAAAUAAUUCAGUAAACAGGUACGACACCACAGACAACUCGGGAUGUUUUUGGCAGGAAAUAGUAUUGCCGCCUAGACUUUUAGAGAAAAAAAGUCGUGUCUUUUUCGACGUUAGUUUUGAUGUUUGCACUCACGUGGAGAAAGAGAAAGAGAAAGAGAGAAAGACAGAAAGAUUUAGAGCGAGUAAUUAAAAAAAAAGGAAUCGAAUUUCGUUGGGAGAAAAACAUGACAAUUUCAUAGCGGCGUUGCCGUGAGAAUAUGAGAAAUGCUAGCAGCCAGCAAGGUGAAAUAAGUGGCAGUGAAAAAAUAAAAGCGAACAUGAACACGGGAAACAAAAUCUUUGUUAUGCACGUACGACAUUUCCUCCAUAAAAAUAAUGUGUAACUAGGAAGUUUGACGUUUUAGUCUUACAAAACGGCAGUGUAGUCGUGCAAAACAACGGCAAAGAAAGACAAAAAAGCGUGCUGCACGUGCAAAUUUGUUUUUAUUUGGCUGAUAAGAAAAAAUAGUGUGCUGCACGUUUGCAAAUUUGUUUUUUUGCUAAUUAUCAAAUCUUCAAACUAAGGCAACAGAAAGCAAAACAGGAUCAGAUAACGUUAGCUCUGUAAGUUUAUUUCUUAAUACAUUUAAUUUCUACUAUCAUAUAUUUGAAUUUUCCUCUUAUAUGGCUUUUCUUUCUUUCAUGUUUAUCAAAUCUGCAUAUUAAGGCAACAGAAAACAAAACAGGAUCAGAUAACUUCAACUCUAUAAGUUCAUUUCUUGAUACAUCUAAUUUCUACUAUUAUAUAUUUGAAUUUUCCUCUUAUAUGGCUUUUCUCUCUUUCAUAUUCUGCAAAUUAAGGCAACAGAAAACAUAAAAGGAUCAGAUCAUGUUAGCUCAGUAAGUUCAGUUAAUUAAUACAUUUAAUUUCUGCUACUAUAUUUGAAUUUUCCUCUUAUGUGGCUUUCCUUAAUCUUUCAUAUUCAUCAAAUCUCCAAAUUAAGGCAACAGAAAAGAAAACAGGAUCAGGCAAAGUUAGCUCUGUCAGUUUAUUUUUUGACGCAUUCUGCUUCUAGACUCAUUUAGAUUUCCUUUGUUAGGAUGCUGUCGGGAAAGAAUGAAAUUGAAUAGUACAUAGUUUCAUAGUUAUUUAUGCGACUGUCAAAAACAGUCGUUUUACCACCUUUAUCACAUACAUACACAGUUUAACCCAUUGACGGCCAUGCCAGCCAAAACCGGCUGUACAAGGCUGUACAACACUACACUGCUUUAAAAACAUUCUUAAUCGCAAAAACAUUGCCUUAACUAUCAGUUGUGAUCACUGGGUGGAAUGUCCCUCAAAAUGGGAUAUUGAAUAAACGCAAAAAGGUCAUCCCUUUUUGCAAAAUAUCGCCUUUUGAAUUUGGACAAGAAAAAAAUAUCAUAGAAGAACGACAAAACUCACGUUUUUUGCCUUCAGGAUUUCUAUAGAAAUCAUCGCUGUAAAACCAAAAGUCAACACUCAUUAUAAACUACUGACCUUGUUGUAGCUUAGAAAUGCCUUUUUCGUUCCUAUUUGUUUCCCGGGCCGAGAUACAGCCUUUUGUUCUAGUGCAUCCUGGUCUUGCCUCGAUCUUCGACAUCACGAUUGCAUUGCAUACUGGGAAAUAGCCUGAAUUUUGACGGCGCCACUCCAACCUACCACUGAAAUGCCGGGCUUGUUGUGAUUUUUAGUGGUCGCAAAUUACAGAAUAUCCCGUGGUAGGUCAAGAAAUCCAUCAGUAGUCUAGUCCCAAAGCUACGUCAUUUAGGAGGGGCCAUUUUCCCAGUUCCUCGAGCAACAAACCACUUCUUUGAGACUCUUAGCUUCCGCCACGCUUAAUGGUGCUCAUCAGGCAGCCACUAAAGAUGAAAAAUGGCUGUAAAUUUACCAAAAAUCGUAUACAAACCAAACUUGAGAUGUUAUUACAGCUCAGCGAAGCAAAAGGACUACGUUAGAAAAACGUUUCCAGAAAUGUCGAGCCUUCAGUGUUUUAGAACAUCAUCACCUUCCAUAUAGUAACCCCAAAUACGGAUUCACGAAAUCCUAUGGAUUGUUUUUAGGUAGAAAAUCACUCGAAACCGUAAAAAGUCCCGGGCAUAAAUGGGUUAAGACAAUAGGUGGGUUCACACUGGACUUUUCAAGUGCACUCGAGACUAACUUGUGUGUGAACAGGUCCUGUUUCACUUGACUGAUCUUGACUAGUCGUUCUUAGUUGCCACAGAAACUUUAAAACCUCAAAAUGCCGAAGUGCGCUCUCAAGUUAGGUCAAAUCCUUUCUUGAGACUGCACUUAGAAAUAAUGGUCGAGAAUACUGAUCUCCACAAAAUGUAAAUGUAGGUAGGCUUUUCUCAGUUCUGAUUCAUGAGCUGGUUCAGAAAUUUCACGAUUUCUUUUUUUCACUGUAUUUGACAGAAACAACGUUACUGUAAGACUUAGCUGUAGAAAAGAAGUGACUUAUGUUUCACAAAGAGCGAUUUGCCUGUUGUGCGUUUUGUUGGAUGCAUUUUAUUCUUUUUUCAACUCGUUCAAGCAAAGUUUUUUGUGUCCACCUGCAGCAAUAGGCAGUCAUAUACAAGAUGAGACAACCUCACGACUCAUGAAAGAAAUAGAAAGCCACCAGAUUUACUCAAAAAAAAUUAAGCGAACAAGAAAAGUUCAUACGAAACGGAAAUAGCAGCGGAGCUCUAGCAAAAUACUUGAAGCAACGAGCUCAAACUACCGGCAAGGAGAGCUUUUAGAACACCAAAGAAGGUUUCCCCUGCUUCGAUUACUUCGAUGAAACCAUCUGUCGCAUUUUUAUCCUUUUAUUUUGGCACUGUUGAAGAAGACUGUUGUCAAUAAACGGAAAAUCGCCCUUUGCAAUAGUUCUACGGCUCUUGACUUCGCAGCCGUUUUAAUUGAACACAUGUACGGCAGCGUUUUCCCGUGCAAUUAAACUCCGAGAGAAAGAUUAGUUCCAAAACUGGAACAAAACUGCUCAUUUUAACUUUAGUGUGAACGCCAUUUCUUGGCAAAAAGCUGAGUGCACUUCAAGUGCAUUUCAAGCACACUUGAACUCAAGUGUAUUUUCAGAGCACUUCAAGGUCUAGUGUGAACCCACCUAAUGACUAACAAGACGGAACCAGUGCAAGUCAUAACUCUAUGAAAAUAGUGCAUUUUGUUUUUUAAUUUUGCGCUAGUAAGUUUUGAAAAAAACCCCAAUUACAAUCCGCUUCAAUUUUUUAUAAUAUCUUAUGCCUUCUUUAAAUGUUUUUUUUUGUUUUUGUUUAUGUCUCACUCAAUUUGCAAUUGGUGGCAGUUUCCAUUGUUGGAAUUUUGAUAAAUUCCAUCUCACAGUCCCCGGUGUGGGAGGAUAACUACUAAAAGUUCAGUGAAACCUUUUCGUAUGGUCACCUUCUGUUACAGACAGUUGUCAUAUUCUUAUCAUUUUGACUUAACUGUUUUCAGGAAACUUUCCGGGACCGUCUAACCAUCUUGUUCUUUUUUUUUCUUUUUUUCCAGACACAGAGAACAUUGAAAGAGGGGAAAUGUUUACUAGAUAUGGAAGAUGUAAAGGUAAAUUGAAUGAUAAUAGUUUUCAAGAAAGCCAAUAAGUGAGGCCCUAUGCUUUAAAAACAUUUUACAUUAAGAUCGGCAAGAAUUCCAAUGACUUUAAAUGCGGCACAUUUGGCAACAAAAAAUCUUGAGAGCGUCUGCAUUUUAUUUUGUCGUGCUACCAGUGUUAAGAGGAAAAUACCACGGAGCCCUAGGUUUUACUUGUCGGUAAACACUCUUGAACGAACUGUGUGAAUUCCUUACAAAACAACAAAAUAACUGCCCAUUUGAGUAGUCGGUGAUUCAAAGGUUAUUUUAACUGUCAAGGAUUAUUUUAUACAAAAAUAAAAAUGAAAAAGAAAAAAACCUUCUCUCGCAGAAGCAUUCCAUAUAGCCUUCAUCUAGACGGAGGCUAUUGUAGAUAGUCGACCCCUCAGUGCGGUCAUUGAUCACGUCAACGAGUAAAAAUCACUGACGCCGAACCACUUCCUCAUCGGACGGCCAUCAGCCUACAUGCAGCCCACCCGGUCAAUUUGAAAAGCGCGAAGUUAAUAGCCACAAGCAAUGGAGAAUAGCCUAGGCACUCGCGGACGCAAGGAGAACCUACCUUAAACCCCUCAAUCCGUUCCUAAUGGAAUAAAGAACAGCUAAACUUAAAGGAAGAUGACUUGAUCGGGUCACAUGAGUCUCUCAAGACAUUUCCAGGAGAUGAUGGGAGAGUGCGCAUGGUAGAAGUGAAAGACACCUAACGAAACUUUGAUGCAGCCUACCACAAAGUUGUGCUUGGUGGAAAAAUCUGCUUAAUAGAAUGGACAAUGCCGAACAGUGUUUUACUAAGGACGUUUGUAGUGUAGAAAACUUUUACUUUAUUGUUUGUAACUUAGCUUGUCGUUCGUCUUAUGGUCUUUCUGGGGAGGGAGAGAAGAUCAAGUGGAGCAGCCGCUGGCUAUGUCAUUCGUUGUAAAUUGUAAGAUUUCCGUGAUUACCCGCGAGGGUGACUCGAGAACACGAGGUCAGUAAGAAUUAAAAAGUUGUUGUUGCGUUACAAUAGUCUCUGUUAAUUGGACUAAUCACAGAGGGAGUAAUAACUUGCAAAAGCACAAACAAUGGACCAGGUCAUUUGCCUAGGCACAUCCUCUUUAUUAAGAACUUCACAUUAUGUCGAUAUUCCACUCUAAAAGUGCUAAUUUACUCCCUUUAUUUGAUUUUUGUUUCAGAUUGUAGAAAAACAACUUGGUAACCUCGUUAUGGAUAUCGGGAAUGAGAAUGAUCCUGUAUUCAGGCUCGAACAAAUAUUGGAUAAAAAAGUGGAGGUCGUGCUUAUUUGCUGUUCCAUAGGGGCGAUAACUAUUUUCUUUAUCGUGCUACUAGUCUUAAGGUUAGUUGUUGUGUUGCUUUUAAGGAAAAACCAGUUCCUUAUCGUAUCGAAAAGCUCGUCCUUAGGUUUAUGGAAAACCGUUUACUUGAUCUAAAAUGUUAAUUUGUUUCAGAGUGGAAAUUACAGAAAAGAUUUUUGUGCACUUAAAUAUGCUACUUUCGCUGGGCCUUGGGAACCUGGUGUACGUAUUGGAUUUUACAGUGUUUACCAGCAGAGCAGAACAUCCAGUAAGUAGUUUAUUUAUCAUCUUGAAACGCAUACCGCAGGCCUUUUUCUAUAGUCAUUGACAGGUGGGGGGCCAAGGCGAGUAACAUUCUUUGUAAACUGCAUACUGAUUAGAUUACAAAGCCAGAAUCCUUUUUUGUCAUUCAAUAUUAAAAAAUUCUUAUCUUAAAAACAGCUUAAAUUCGAAAAACAAACGAACAACAACAAAAAAACAUUCUUACAUCGAUUGAUGUUCAGUUCUCUUCAUUUGCCUGAUCCUCCACAAAUUCAGGAUAUAAAAGGAUUUUUAGCCUUCAAAUGGAAGUUGCCUUACGUCUAGUUCUUUUUUUGCUGCUUUUGCCAUGUUUUAAGACAGUAAUCUUGCUACUGUUUCGACAUUCUCUGCAUGUAGCCUGGACAAAAUGAUGGAAAGUUUUGGUUGAUGGCGUAAACAAGCGACGACAAAUUUUUCUUUCUCUCUAAACUUUGACUGAAUUCAUUUAAAAUAGUGGCGAUUUCGCUGCCGUCGCACAGCAACUGCAAGACACAUAUUCGCACAGAAGCGAAAACAAUUUUUUCGGAUGAGACCAAACUGUAGCAGUUUUCACAGAAAUCUAAUCCGGUUUUGAAGUUUAAAUGAUGCCUACAGUAUGUUGCCCAGUAUCCGGACGGUACCAGUAUCGUGACACUUGAAACAAAAACUCAGUUUUUGAGGCGCCCUUUUCAGUUCUCGGUAAACGAAGUAUUUGGAAUGAAAGCUGAACAUUUCAGCUUUAAGAUGAAAGUUUUGGCGGUUUGAAAGCUUGCGAAACAGUCGCAGAAGACGCCGCUCUGUUCAGGUGAGUAAAUUUUUCAUGGCUAAUAUUUACGCUGUUUACUGCGCAGUAAAGUUAGUGCUGCUCAGAAAAAGAAGGGUAAUGUGUGAUAUUUUCAAAGAAACUAUUUUAUUUUUAAAGUGAAGAUACUUAAGGAAGUCAGGUUUUCAGAAAGUUUAUUAAUUCUUCUUGACAUUCGAUUUGUUUGGAAUAACGGAAGCCAGAAACAUUCACUAAGUUUUGAUGUCAUGUGCCCAGUAUCCGGACAGUUUUUUCUUUGCUGUACAGAAUCGUUGAAUUAGCUGUGUACAUUCUCCGGAGAAGAUUUAUUUCAUAUCAGUAACUAUAAUUAAAGCUUAGGAUAUAUGAUAUAGUCGUAAAAUGUAACUCUACUCAACUCCGUAUGGAAAUUUUCUUCACUCAUUCAGAGGCGACUUGAUUUCGUGCGCACGGCUUGUUUCGCGUGACUGCAUUUUCUAUGUAUAACUGAAAGCGUCUGAGUUGAACCUGGAAUUCUCAUACUUUCCCCAGUUGGGACUGCUAGAAUGGGGUUGCAAAGGUCUAAAAAAUGUCACAAGGGGGUUGAGAGAUGUGAAAGAAGGAGGAAUUAGUGCUAGAAAAGCAGGCUUAUUGUGGGGACUGAGCAUGAAGAAAUCAACACUGCAGGUCAGACUAAAUAGGAGAGUGACCUUUGACCGUCGGGUUGAGGUCCCUUCCCCAAGCUUUUCUUUAAAUAAAAAAUGAAGAAAGAAAGUCGUUUGCAGAUUGGCUAAUUGAGCUUGCAAACUGCGGCUUCGACAUGUCCACGGAUACCUUCCUUAAAUCAGUGAAAAAGUUCCUAGACAAAGAAGUGAGAAUUAUACCAUUUUUAAAACAGCCGCUAGCGUUCCCACCAUACCCCAGUCAUUUGUUAUGUUUUAUUUCACGAUGCUAGGUUAUAUUUUCGGAAUCGAUUGCCAGACUACUUUUCAAGUGCAAGAGAAGCUUAUAAGUCGCUUGCCUGUCGAAAUUUAUGUACAAUUACGUUGUUAUUGUUGUGUCCGGAGCUGGGCCAGCCGUCCGGAUACUGGGCAACAUAGGAGCUCAGCAAAAAUAUUAAUUUCGAGAUGGAAACAAAGGCAAAAAAGUUAAACUGUCUUUCGUCUUAUUAAGGACUAGAUAGAUUUUCUCUGGGCCAAGUUUCAGAGCUCUUGCGAUUAACAAAGGAAAGUUAUUGCAAUUUUAAACUGAAGUGUCCGGAUACUGGGCAACAUACUGUAUAGAAAAUGUACAGGAAUUUAGAUAAGAUGGUGCUUGGGACGUUUAUUUUUGCGCAAAGUUUGCAUGUCAGCUUACAAAGUGGCCAAAGUGGCCGGACCAAGGAACCACUGGCUGUACCAGGGGCCUUCCAACGGAGCAGUCACUUUCUAUGAUGCAGGAUUUUUGGCAAGCGCAGAAGCUGUCGGUUUGUCACAAGUUAGUAAAAUGUUACGGCAACUUUCGUGACAAAUUUUAGCUCACCACUCACUUACGCCUUUUUCGUUCGGACCAAGGACCACAUACUGUACGUCCUGUCUCGAACUUUGUAAGUGUUGGGAGUGAAUCCUCGACCCGUUCGUAUCUUCCUCACUAUGGCGCUCGAGAAGGAUCCGUACGUUAUCCUCCCUUGUAUUUACUAUACACUGCAUCUCCGAGUGAUGUCCUAAAAGUUAUGAUUUUGUCGUAUCCUUUUUACGCCGAUGACAGCCGGAUAUACAUGCCCUUUCACCGUCACUGGUGAACCUGGGUACUCCAAAUCUAAACGUGUAUCCUUGACACCAGUAGUUGGAUGAGAGCCAAUAGGAUCAAACUCAAUGACGAAAAAACUGAGCUUUUGGUGCCGAACGCCUUUGAUUGCCCCCUCAGGCAGCUAAGCUCCGUUUACGCAAUCAGUGAAUAAAUUAUAGCCACUAACUCGGCUAAAACCAUCGGCUUUUGGUUUGAGAUCAAUCUACAAGCAUGUGAAAUUUCUUUGCAAGACUCCUUUCUGCCAAUUACGUAACUUGGCCACUAUUAGAAGGUUCCAAAAGCACUGUGAAAUUCUCUUACAAGCCUUUGUUACAGUGUACUCAGUCCGCUAAUCAAUCAAUCAAUCUUUAUUUGUACUCACUCUUGCUCAAAAAUGAAUUACAACAAUGAAAAUAUUAAAAGUAACUCCCUUUUAUCUGGUCCAUCUGGUCUCCUCAGCAUCUGUUGCAAAACAUGUUUAAAAUACUGCAGCCAGUUCCCUCACACGAACCCAAACAAAUACGACCACGUUCCCCGCAUUUCUUUCUUUUUCAGUAGAUAUCGAAAACGUCUUCCAAAUUUGGUUCACCCUAGCUGGUUACAAAGAAUUAGUCGGGGUAUUUGAGCCAGUCAAAAACGAGAAAUAUUUUGGAUGAGAUGGUAACAAGUAAGGUUUAAAUUUCUAAAAUUCGGAUAUGUACACACUUUUUUUAUUGUCUUUUAGGUUCUCUGUUCGACUGUUGUGGUAACUCUUCAUUUUCUGGAAACAGCUCUGUUUACCUGGAUGUUUGUGGAAGGAAUAAACCUCUACAACAAGUUGGUCAAGGUUUUUUCGAUGCGAAAGCAAUACUUAGGUUUCGCGGCAAUAGGAUGGGGUGCGUUACUUUUCUUGAUACUUCUAUUCCAGUCAUUUUGUGGUUGGACCCGGAACUAUAAAUGCAACAGAAGCGUUCUCUUCGCCAAUCACUUAGGAUUAGACUAUAAAUAAACAUACUAAAAGUCCCAAAAGAUCCGAGCAAGGGAACAUUGCAUAACGGACAUUUUUGGUCCCCUGGGACCUCGGACCUGGUUUCUUGUCCCUCCCUAGCUUCAACAGGAUUUAGGCUACCACAUUAAAAAUCAAGGAAUCAAUAGUAGACACAGAAGUCUGUAAAUUCAAAAUGGGUUACGUGAUAAAUAACAUCAUAUAAUUUGGUAAUCACAGUAUUUUUGGACCGCCGUUAUCUUGGAUCCGCCAUAUUAAAUCCACCAUCUGGAGUCAAUGCAGGGGGAGGGAUAAGGUAACUCUAUUGUUUUCGACGUAAGUUCCUUGACCCACUCCGCCUGCCAGUAUGACGUCACAUGGUAACGGGCAAGAGCCUCGUGUCGCUUGUGCAAAUUAGCAAGGGAUACGACAGUUAUUUGGACGAGCGAGGUCGAGGGAAAGCAAAGAAGCUAGCAAAUAUCGCUAUAUAUCGCUUAUUUGAUCGAAUGUGUGCGAGCUUUGGUGCUGCUUUAAUCUGCUUGUGUAAACCGUUUUGAUAUUUGUGUCCUUGAUUGUAUAAUUUUGCUAAUUUGUUUUGCGGGCCGUGUUGGGGGAUCGCCAUCUAUUUCACGGGACCGACAAGGUCAUCAAACUUAAAUUUUUUUUCUCUAAACUGCGUUCCGGAUCGCGCAUGUUUGUAUUUCAUCUAUUCUUUUGCUAAUAAAUUGGGCCUAAAUUCAUAUCAUUCCUUUCGAGUGUGGGCCUCUGUUGACCUCCUAAUACUCCACCAAAUUCAGUAAGGCUAGUUCGAUCGAUUAUCUACAUCGAGUCGGCUCUUUGAACCCGAAAUAAUGCGAAAUAGCUUUGAAAUACGCGCUUAAAAAUACAGCUCCACCAGCUUCAAACAGCAUCUAUGGCAGAGAAAAAUUGUUUUGAUAUGACAAAAUCAAUUUGUCAAAUCAUGUGUGUCACUGUGGUGCAGUGGUCAAGGAGUUGCGUGCACCUGCAGAUAAAUCGGGUUCGACUCCCGACGACGCUGUUUUCUGUUUCCCUGUACCGUUUUUUUUUCCCGUUUGGUCUUUUUUUUUAACCCAAUUUUUCCUUUUGGCCUCUUUUUCUUUUUCUUCUAGUCAUGCACUUGGAUCAUUAUAUAUUUUAAGCCUAAGUACGGAGUUUUAUUUUGGAAAAGGGAUUUCAAAAGCUUUUGAUCUGCAUACUGACCAAGCUCACGACCAGAUAAAAACCAUAAGCUGUCGAGACAUGUUCCUCCUCUGAAACAGCUGAAUUUUUUUCAAUAUUAGUUGACAUCAUAACAAACAACACACAGUACUCCACAAAAUGUACUAAUUUACACCCAACACCCACCAGUGAGCCACUGGCCAAAGUUAAACUUGCCUUUUGUACCUCGUCUUGAUCAUCAAUAUUCUUACCCUAAAAUCUCCACUGGGUUCGGCCCCCAAAAAAUAAUUAAAGGAAACCUUUUAUUGGUUUUCGGGAUUUAAUUACAGAAUUAUAGGUGUAUGCCCAAUACAGUAUUAAAACGCGGUAAAGCAACAAGAUUCAAUGCUCACAGUCUCUCACAAAAACCUGUCAUUUAGCUUCCUCUUUCAACGCUACAGCUAAGCGAACUUUGAGAGCAAUGAUAUGGGGUUCCACUAGCUUUGAAGAGCUGAAAAUACGCACAAUGUAAAGUAUAUUAUUAUAUGGCUGAGUCUGUUUUGGCCAUGCGAUUGGUCAAUUUGCGGUCUGUAAUUUGCUAUACGGACCAAAAUUUCGAAGAAAAAGCUCAUUUUGGAGCUCUAAAUCUCUUUACCUCGGAAAAAAGGUUAAAAUUAAGUUACAAGACAUCUAUCAACCUUGAGGACUUAGAUUUUGACUUUGUCCUUCAACAUUUUAAACUGUGUUUAUUUGUGAACAAAGGCGAUGAAGAAACUAACUCGUAAUCUUCUCGAAGAGGAUUCUAGUCAGUUUGAAAAUUUUAUCGUAGUACACAGUUAAGAAGACGAAAAUCGACUGGCAGAGAUUCGAGAUGUUUUCUUGAGAGAAAAUGAGUAAUUCGUUCGACAAAUAUGACAACAAACAUGCCUGCACCUGAUCAUCUUGACGAGCUUCUUUGUCAUUUGCAGUGUUUUUCCAAAGACCAACGAAAGAAAGAUAGCAGCGACUCCGAGCCAGACACAAUGUCCAGUUUUCAAAAGACUCCAGCGUCACAUUGGCGAAUGUAUACUUACAGUGCUCUUAGUUUUGCCCCAAUAUACUUAAAAAUAUGUCUGUAAACCCCGAGGACUGGGAUGUUGACUUUGCCUUUCCAGAUUUUAACCAAGCUUUGUUUGAAUGAGAACGAAGCUGAUGUAGAAACUGCAUCGUAACCUUUCCGUGGAAGAAAAUAUGGUCCGUGUUUGAAAAUUUUAACGCAGAUCACGCUUGAAGACGGGAAUGAACUGGCAGAAAUUCAAGAGGUUUUCCCACAAAGAUUAACUAGCGAAUCCUUCGAAAAUGACAACAAACUUACCUUGAAAAGCUUCUUUUCCUUUUGCAGUGUUUUUUUUUUUUUCACAAGGAUCAACGGAGGAAAGAUGGAAAUGACUUCAAGAAAGACUCAGUGCCCGGUUUCCAAAAUACUCCAGCGUUACAUUAAAGAGAUAAAACUUACAGCGCUCUUAGUUUUGACGAAACAAACUUUUUCAACAUGGCGAAUUUGUUUUCACUUUCUCGGAAACCCUUUGUUGUGUGCUAUUGUUUUCGUGAGCCAAUGAAAAGUUUCUUUCUUCACGCUUGUCAAAUGAUUUUCAAAUCGCGCGCCCCGCACUUGUUUCCGGUCCCCUAAACUAGAAGAAGCCAUGUAAUAAACAUCUUAUUAGCCUCGUUUUUUCGGUCCGUAUUGUAAAUUACGGAUCCUGGUUUUUUUCCAACGAUUUAUGGCCCGCGCGCUUCACGCUUGGGCCAUAAAUCGAUGGAAAAAAACUCGGUCCGUAAUUUACAGUACGGAUCGAAAACUCUGCUAAUAAGAGGUAUAUACCUCCUUUGAUGAACCUCCUAUUGCUUUGUCUAAACUCCUCAAUCUUGCUGUGCACUGGCCCUCAAAAGUGUGACCGGUCGGUAUGAUUGCCCGUAAAAUUUUCUCGACGAUACAAAGGAAUCUUUAAAAUUCAUUACACCACUGCACAUUUCAUUCAAAAAAAGUACUUAAGGGUAGUUUUCUAUGACAAUAGAAACCUUAAAAUCUCCAAAUGCAGGAAAUCGGAACAGUAUUUCCGUGAUAAAAUCGAAAUUUUUAUCUGUUUCUUUGAUGAACACUUUGCUCGCCAUUUUGAAAGUCACUAACGCGAGACGUGGCGUCACACUGGCAGGCGGACUGUACCACAGAUUUCCUUUCCCCCCCGAGUCAACGUCAAGAGUAAAAACGUUUCAAAUCGCCUCACGUUUAAAUUAAGUAACGGUCCUGAAAAGAUAUUAAAGUGUACAAAAAGAUGGAAAUAUAAUUUACACGGUCAUUAUUCAGCUAACUUUGUUAAAUUUAAACUUUCAAGUGUUCUCCCUUGAUACAGUCCAACCUCCACUAUUGUCCACCUCUCUACAACGGCAACGGCAACGGUGUCCCCAACCGCCAAAAUAACUUCUCGACAUCGGCCAGUUUUUUUUUUUCAACGACAGAUGAAAAAGUCAAGAAUGGUCAUGAAAUUUGAUCUGCAUGGAACGUUUGAGAUCAAUCGGGGCAGUCGUAUUUUCAUUUUGUUUCAUUUAUACUGCUGCAGUAAGCAUAAAUAGUCUAAGAUAAAUGUAUCGAAUGUUGCGAACCUUGCUCGUUUUGUCACGUCAACAUCUUGAUUCAAGACAUAAUUCAAGCUUUUUGUGUAUAUAUUAAAUAUGAUAGGAUAACCAUGAUUACGGGACACAGUAAGCAUGAACUUAAGGUAUCAUCCAAGGUAAAAAAUCAUCAUUUUUCUAAAUUUGCAAUUUUUAGACGAUUAAAUAGAGUUCAUCAAGAGCUUUCUUUUAAAAAAAAUUCCAAGAAAAAAUGUUUUUUCUGUACAUACUUAUAGAGUGCAAAAGUUUUUUCUAUGUUAAUUAUUUUAAUUGAUCUUUGACAAGUCCUGUCAUACUUGAUACGUGUGCCGCUGUUGAACCAAGCUAAUCACACAAUUUGACAGAAAUCGCGGUUUACAAGUAUAGUGCUCACUGUUUCUGUUCAAUAACUUCAUACAUUUUGUAUCCUUGUAAUGUCAGUUUCAAUGUUAUGCCUACCGCCUACCAGUAUGUUUCUUUUAAUAAUUCUACUCAAGUGUAGCUCAUAUUAUAGUUACCAUUAAAGAACGAAGCAUAUACUUGUGUACUGUCCUCGUUUCGCAGGGCUCUUGCCCCGUUUCAUAGCUUUACCGUGCUUGUUUUGACUCGUGGCUUUAAGCGUGCCAGUCCGUCUCGAAUAAAGGGCCUGGGGGACUUAGGGUUUAAAGAACGAGUUAUGUUAGGUGGGUACCGUGCUUGUUUCGACACGUGGGUUUAAGAACGCGUUAUGCCAUUCGCGUAGCGUGCUCGUUUCGGCUCAUUGCUUUAAGAACGAGUUAUUAUUUUUGUGUAGCGUGCUUGCUUUGACUCAUCGCUUUAAGAACGACUUAUGUGUACCGACGUCCGUGCUUGUUUCGACUCAUGGCUUUAAGAACGAGUUCUGUUGCCUGUUAGGUUUGCCAUUCUCGACUUAGGGCUUAAAGAACGAGUUAUGUUACACGUUCAGUGUGCUUGUUUUGACUCAUGGCACGACUAGACUUCCUGAGAUUCCAUCGGAAUCGAUGUGUUUCCAAUGGAUCCGAUGGACUCCAUCGGACGACUUUCCAACCCUCCUCUAAGUAUUGCUUACACUUCCGGUUUCAUGUCAUGACUAAACUUCCGGUAACUCAAGUGGACUCUACUGAACUUCCGGUUUCAUUUUUCGACUAGACUCCGUCGGACUCCAGGUUUUGUCCACUGGAAUCUGGUCGAGAGUAUUGGACAUGUGUGACUGUUUUUCCCUGGAGUUUGAAAGUGAAUGCCUCCAAAGAAGAAAAAAGAGCUUGUCCGUUUUCGUCCUCGACUCCGAGACAAAAGAAGACGACAAAAUCGUUUUACCGCCAAAGAGUGGGCUUCGAAAUUAGCAGAGAGCGACAAGGGCUCCUACUACAAUCAAGGAAAAUGGAUAAAAGAUGACAAAGCUCCUGAAAAAUCCAUUGAAACUACCACGGAAUCGAGUUUCAUGAGUUUGUUAGCGAGCGGAGGGAGCUUUUUAGGCCGCGAAGCAGCCAAGCAAGGGACAAAGUCAAGAGAGGUCCCGCGCCAUAUAAAAAUCGGACGAAGUACUGUUUUGAAAGUCUAUUGUAGCGGGAAAGAAGCUUCAAGACAAACCCCCGAAAGCGGUUUGAUGUCGAUUUUCCCAGGGAAGUGUCGAACUUUUAAAAAAUGUAUCGUAUAGAAGUGGGCUUGGCUCAACUUGGCUUGUUCGGUGCGAAAAUGAAAACUGCCCGUUGCAAAUAACUAAUGAAGCUUUCUCGACAACAGAAGGGAUCGAACAGAGCAGAGCCUUUGAAAUAAAUUGUUCAUCUGUUGUCGGGUUUCGUUUUCAACUUUUCCGGCUGUGUCACCUCUGGUAUGCAUCAACAUUGACAGCUUUGGUGUUAUAAUCUGUUAUAAUCUCAUCACGGGUAAUACGCCGCCAAAAACUUUUUCACUGUUUUCUCGAAAAGAAAAUCAGGGCAAGUUGAGGGUAUGUUUUAAACUUCAAGUCGGCAACCCGUGAACCAAAGUUGGCCAACUUGCUGUCAGAUAGGUUUUCCAAAAAACCGUGUCUGCGAAUUUUGAUUUCCUUUUUCAUUUUCGAGUUAGAGUAUUUUUUUCACAGGUAGUGCUAAUGAUUUGCUAUCCCUAACUUCACCUGCUUAUAACAACAGAACAAACGCACUUGACAAAAAUCUGAGACAGUUUUUUCGUCAGACGUGUUAAGAAGCGAAUGCGUUCUUAAUUGGCUUCUUCCGUUAAUUUUUGCCUGGACUGGACAUAAAUUUACAGUGACACCCACUUUCACAAAAAGCAUCUCAUUUCUAAAUCGCGUUAAUACUUUAAUUUUUUAAAAGAAAUAAGCAAUAAUCUGCAACUAUUAAGCUUUCAGAAAAUGUACGGUUUAUGGGGGUACUUGUUAAAAGCAAAAGCGCUAGCGCCGAUCAACGCGAGGAGGGUGAUUGAGGGUGGAUGAUACCUUAACACAAAAACUGACAUGUUGUACUCCCUAAAAAAUGUCAUAUAACACCCCCACCUUCCCAUAACGGCCACCUCUCCACAAUGGUCAAUUUCUUCUGUCCCCGGCCAAGGUGGUCGUUUUGGAGAGGUUAGACUAAACACUCAAAUUGCUUUAAGACCCAUGCAGCACGCAGUAACAAAUUCAAUGGAUGCCUAAACACCCUAAAACAAGUAAAUUUGCUAAUGAAGUGAGAUUGAUUGUUAGUUUCUGGAAAAAAUUACGCUGCAAAGGGAAAGUACAUUUUGUUAACAGCUCUUGGCCACCAUAAAUGGAAUGGAUAUGAAAGGUUUACACCCCGAAAAAUCUUUUAAGUUUCAUUAUCGUUAAAUAGUUAACUUGUUUCUCAUUUGUUUGUGUCGAUUAAUAUUUCGUAAUUUUCAUAACACUCAAACUCUACAUUGACUUAGUUUUAAGCACGCGUGAUAUCAUCAGUAUUCAGACUGCAAGUCAAACAUUUAAGCCACUUACUUGCUCCCUUAGGUGGGGAGAGCUAACAUAUUUCUUCAAAGCUACGGAUUUGCGAAAACCAUAGCACGGAAAGAGGUAGUGUCACACCCAAAAGGACUUGAAUAUACAACAUGCGACAAACACGAACAUCCUAACUACUACAAUGGGCCCCAUUAUUAGGAAGAGAUCAAAACGGAUAAUGGGCCCCCGUUUAAUGGAUCGAAGUUUGCGAACUUUGCUCGGGAACAAGGGUUAAGAAACCGAAAGGUCACCCCUGGGUACGCUGAAGCUAAUGGUGACGUGGAGCGUUUCAUGCAAACCCUCAAGAAGAGUGAGAGAAUUUCUAAACUUGAAGGAAAAGCUUUUCGGGAGGGAGUGCAAAUAACGGUUGGCAACUAUUGAGCCACGUCCCACCCAGCGACAAAGGAAAGCCCUGACAUGUUCAUGUUCGGUAGAGAACUACCGAGGAGGCUACCGGAAAGGAUCGUACCUGCAGGAAAAAUUCCAUACGACCGAAUCAGACAAAGACCCAAUCAGAGACGUGGCUAAAAAGAAGCAGAUGAAAGAGUACGCGGACAAGAGACGGAACGCCCGUGAAAACCUUAUAGUGGUUGGAGACCAAGUUCUUUUGAAGCAGAGCAAAGCAGAUGUUCUGACUCCAGCAUUUGACCCCCGACUCUUCUCAGUAAUAGGCGUGAAAGGAAGUAUGAUCACCGUGAAAAGGGGUACGGAGAUUAAAUCGCGGAAUUCAUCCCAUUGUAAGUUGCUGAAGCACGCGAGGGAGGAUGAGUACGUCGCUGUGGAUUUGGACCAAGGUCUGGAUGCAUCCCGCGCGGAAGAAACUGAAACCAGGGAAGAUUUGCGUUUGCAACCCGACAACCUCGGCGUAUCCAGUGAAAUGACAACUGGCGGUCCACGUAACGAGCCUGAUGGUCCAACGACAUCCUUAGGAGGGACGGAAACGGCGCGACAUCAACAGCAGCCAGGCAAUACUGUAGUAUGCGGGCCAAGAAGAUCAGCGCGAACAAGAACGUGUACUUGGAACACUAUUUACAGGGAGUUUGAGCCACACUAGACAAAAAUGGGGAGAUGUAGAGUUGGGUCUCAAGGGACUUAAUGCAGGAUAAUUAUAUGCGAAAUGAGCGUUAACACUCUAACAAAAAAGGGACUUGAUUUGCAUACAGGACAGUGGUGAACAGACUAGCAGGAGGACUAUUAACGGAACUAAAGGUGUUUGAUGUAACCGUUUAUUGAGCCCCAUUAGCGACUUUACAAGUAUUUUCCCGGGUAGAUAACCUAUUAAAGCAUAAUAUAUAGAUUUAGCCAGGGCUAAAAGCGAGGCUCCCAUUAAUAAAUUUAUAAUUUAAAUUAAACAAUAAACUUCUAUUGAGGGAAAGGCUACCUGAUUUUAGAGAAAAAUAAUUUGCAAACAGCCCAAGAGCGAAUCAAAUGUUACAUCGAGUUGAUAGCCUCAUAUGUACACCCAAAAACUGGUAAUCAUCUUCGAUCACAUUUAAGAGCCAUAAUGGCUCUUGAUCACCGUAGAUUAAUUAGUGGAAAAAAAAAAUCAGGCCAAUUUGUUUGCGUUCGACAAGUUUACUUUGCAAAAUCUUGUCAACAAAUCUUGCUGCGUGUAAACCAACCUUUGAUACCAUUUAUACAUCACAUCUGAGGUGAAACAGUAGUAUGAGGCACUGUUUUUAUCAUACCGGCAGACCUUGGACAGGAAGCAGUAUUUCACAAUACAAAUUGCACUCAUUCAAUAUUCAUAAACUGUUAAAAAAAUUUCCAAAAUCACCUAUACGGCCAUCCGGUUCUCACUUUUGUAGUGCAAGCUGUGGCGAGUGUUUGAAUGAACUUAACAGAGUUACGCUCCAACAUUAUAAAGAAUUUAUUCUAUUUAUUUUUUAUUUAAUGGUUUAUUAACGCGCGGCAUUUUGAGUACUCCUGCAAGCGAUGUUCACUGAAGGACUGAAAACAAUCGGCACAGCGAUUAAAAUUACAAGAGAGACUACUAACAAUCAAUAAAAGAAACAGAAUUCGGUGAAACAUAUACAGAAACAACAAUUUUCAUUCAGGAAGACAAGUAUUAAAGUAUCCCUAAAAAUCCUGAGUCUUCAAGCUUCAAGCUUAAGUUUAUGUCUUAAGCCGGCUUCCCGGUGUUUGCUUUUUUCAAAGACGAACUAGAGGCAAGAAAAUCGCUCAAAGCUUUCUUUUCCGGUCAGAAUUAUAACUAAAUAUUCUUUGGAACGUUUUCUUUCUAUUUGCGUUGAGAAACUGUCUAAAGGCUUUUUAAAGUUCUGUAAGCUUAUAUCAAACUUGAUACUCGGUCAGAUCAUUGUCUCAAAUCUUACAAACGUGCAUAAACUAAAUGACCGCAUAAACUCGCUCGACUUCAUUAAAUUAGAUCCAAAAAAACAAACAUCAAAUACAAUAAUUUCUCUGGCUUACCAUUUGAGAUGCAGCUCCUGAAAGGUAUCAAGAAAAGCCAGUAUCGCUUCAGACUUUGCAAUCCUCUUACGCAUCAAGCAAGGUGAAAACGAAAACGAUGCCAUCCGAAAUCGGAUUUCCGACUUUGACAAGCGACGUAUUCCUCAACCAAAAACCCAAUAAACAAACUAGCCAUGAAUAACAGAGGACUCCUGAUAGCAGCUGAAUUUCUUUUUGCACAUCCAGUGGAAAAAGACAGUUAAAAACAUCACAAGUUGACACAAAACUCUGUCAGCUUCAGCUGUCAAAGUAAACAAGAUUCAAGAUAAUGCAUAAAUUUUCCGCAUGAACUCACCUGUCAAAUUUUGACCAAUCAGAGCAUAAAAAUUGGACGUAGAGCGUGACCAACGCGUGACCAUGGUGAGAAAAGUCAAAAGCAACUGUCUUCCCUGCCUGUAACAGCUGGCUGAAUUUUCGCGCCCGAGGUCAGUUUGCAAUCAAAAUUUUAAUUGUGUAGACAUAAACACAACAUAUUUCAUAUGAAUUUAGAAAAAACUUGAACUUGAGCCUGCGAUCACUUGAAAACUAGUAACUUGUCAGCGGAUAACUUCAAAAAAUACUUGACCUCGAUGGGUCGACACCUGAGCCCGCGAUACGGUCAAGUGAUACUGGUCAGCGGGUACCCUGUUUUGACAGCUGUCAAUUGAUCAAAACAUUGAUGUCCAAUAUGUGUGCAUUAUCAGUUUAACUAGUAAAAGUAUGAGAUUGAACAUUGUUCGCGAUCUAGUAAAACAAUUAACUGGUCAGCGGACAGCUUCCAAAUAAAUCACGUCACCUCGAUGAGUUGACACAUGAGCCCGCGAUAUGGUCACGGGAUACUGGUCAGUGGCUAUCCUCUUUUGACAGCUGUCAAUUAACCAUAUUAUGAAUGUCCUAAAAUCCUAUAUUAAAGAUGUGGACUUGCCAAGACACGCCUGAGACACUCCUCCCUUCCUUUUGAUAGUCUCCCCUACCCCACCCGUACAAUCUGUAGACGCGUACGUACGUACGCUCGGUCAAUCACGUGACAACCAAACGAAAAUAGGUUGACCAUAUUCCAUGAGUAUGGGGCUCUGUCCCAAGCGCGCUUCGCGCGCGCGGGAGCCCCGCUAAAAACAUUGCCCUAAGUUGAUCGUGUUUAACGAUUAUGUAUUACAUGAACGCCUUCAACGUAAGCGUUAAAGAAAGACUUUAAGCCUUGUUUCCAUGCGGUAAUAAACAAGGGUCUCGGAAAUAGCCUGCGUAGCAAGCGUUUCCGCGCGCGUUCGUCGAGAAACGUUGGGACAAGAGCAAAAAAAAAGAGGAAAGACGGGGGAGGGGGAGGGGAAAGACGGAAACGCUUGCCCGCAAACCCCACGACUUUGAAAAACUGCGUUCGCCCACGAACGCAGCUUCUGAUUGGUGCGGUACUUAGCACUCGAAACAUCAAUCAAACCAGGUAUGCCUUGUUUACGUGCGCCACAGAUCUGGUCUUAUCUGAUCUGUGGUCACAGAUUACAAUUUCUUUGGACAGAUAUUUAUUUGAAUCGUGUUUGUGCGAAGGUUUAUGAGAUCAGAGUCGUUAAAGUAUAAUAGGAGAUCGAGCAGUGGAGACUAGUGAAGGCCAAUUUAUUGGAAAUGACGGCGUGCGGAUCUGACAGGAAAAAAUGGACUGUUUGAUGGAGAUAACAUCAACGCAAACAUCAACGUAAAUCAGAACAUCGGUUCUCAUCACUAGCUAAAGCCGCCAUGGACAAGCGAUUUGUCAGCUUUUUGAAAUGAAAAGAUUCUUUUCGUUUAUUGGAAAUUUAGCAGCAUGCUUUGUAGAGAACGUUUCGACUCGGGCUGAAGAGCAGCCGCUCUGCAAAACUUAUAGCCGGCGGAGUGAAUUGUUCCGGACAAAUCAUUUUUGACGUUUCGAUAAGGUUUCAGACGCACAUUAAAAAACAAGAAAUUCCGCAGCAAUCGCUCAGAGUUUUAACCCUCUGUUAUCGUAAACCUUUUUUAUCACAGUUUCUGCAAUCGCCUGGAACGUGUUCUGUUGGAGAACAAAGUAAUUUUACAAAUCCGGUAAUCCAGGGGUAAUCUGUUAUCCUUCUAUUUUGACGAGCUGUCAAUUUACAAAUGAAUCGAACCGUGAAAUAUCAAGGGGCGUUUUCCAGAAUCGUGGGGUUUGCCGGCAAUCGUUUUCUCUUCUCCCCUCCCCCUCCCCCUUCCACCCUAUUUUUUUUUGCUCCCGCUCUACCUUUCGCGCAAUAACUCGAUUGGAAACGCUUGCGACGCAGGCUAUAUCGGAAAGGUCUCAAAUGCUCUCAAGUUAUUUUGUUCUUAAGCAACUCCCCCUGCUAGGACUCUAUGGGACUUUUGAUAUGUUAUUAAGGACGGUUUGAUGAUGACAGUUGGAGUAUCCUCUGUUGCAAUUAGUUUCAGGUUAACCUACUAUUUUCUACAAAAUGAAUGGAGUAUUCAUGGGCUGAGAUUUUUCUCAGAACAUUUUAAUCAAUACACAAAAAGUUGUUUUAUUAUUAUUAUUAUUAUUAUUUUCAUUUUGCCUCAUUUAAAUUAUAUAUAUACACACAAUUCAGAAAGAUGAUUCAAGGGAGCCCAUGCAAGCCAAUAAAACUUAAGAAAAGGACCACCUUUAAAAAUAUAUGACUUACAGUGCGACCAUACGAACCGAGGCCACAGAGAUAAAAUUUUGAGACAAAUUUGGAAAGUAGCCAAUCACAAGUCUAGCUUAAGACAAUGAAAUUGCGCAUAAUUGUACUCAGUUCAAAAUACGUUGCGAACCAUUUUUCUAAAGGAUAUAAAUAAGGAUUUAGGAAGUUUGUAUAAAUUAAGCUGAAAAAUAUUUUGACAACGACUGCGUUGGCCAGAAUCAAAGCCAGCAGCAAAGAAAUUUUGAACAAUCCGAACUAAAAUCGAUGGCCGCUUCUUUCAAAAUUUGGGGUUUUCUGUUCCGCCCUAACUCUUCGUUGAUAGCUCUGUCAAAUUACCCAAACUGCGAUUCACUCGCUAAGAGCCGUACCGCCAUGUAACUGUUUGCCUUGAGACGAGUGGUCGUCGCCUAAUUUAGUUCGGAUUGCUCAAAAUUUCUUUAGCGCUGGCUUUGAUUCCGGCCAACCCAGACGUUGUCAAAACAUUUUUUCAGCUUAAAUCAUUAUAUACAACGUCACGAUUCUUUAUUUACAUCCUUUAUAAAAAUGGUUCGCUAGGUCAGUACAAUUAUGCGCAAUUUGAUUGUUUUAGAUCUCGACUUGUGAUUAGCUUAUUUCAAAAUUUGUCUCAAAAUUUUGUCUGGGCGGCCUCGGUUCGUGUGGUCCCACUGUAAUUAUGAAAUAAAAUACUGGCAAGUGAAAAUAGAAAGCAACAUAUUCGAUAAAAAAAAAAAAAGACAAAAACGAACAAACAAACUUGAUUCCGUGCCCUUGAGCGGGACAUGAACUCACGUGUCUCUCGGCUCAGCUAGCUAGUCAGGUAUGCUUACUACUAAACACACUGGUUACGCCACAGCGUAAAACCUACCAGUGACUACAGUCAAAUGAUACUAAGACUAGCGUGAUAAAAUUAAUUUUGAUUACAUUUAUUCAAGGAAUUCCAGCGGUCAUUGUAGGCAUUACAGCUGCCAUAAAGCCCUCUACGUAUGAUAUGGAAGCACCAUUGAAGGAAGUCAUAUGUGGACCGUUUAACUUUACUGGGCGUCCUGAGAGAGAAAGGUAAUCAGCCACGUUAUAUCUUUUCUUCAAUUUUUCUCCGAUAACCUCUCUCUCACUCCAUCGUUGUAUAAUUGUACAUUUUAUCGUAGAUGUUGGCUCAAUGGAAGUACGUGGAUCUACAAAGGGCCAGUCUUGUUUUUUCUGUUGGUAAGAAUUGUAAAUAACGUCAUUUCUACUAUAAAUAAAGACUAUAAACAUUUACUCGUUUAAAAUACAAUACUGCAUUUUAUCAUUAAAUAAGUCGAACCCGCUUUACGGACACCCGCCUGAUACGGGCAGUUUUCCUUAUCCCUGGAGAAAGCCCUCACAAUUUCUCUAAAUUGAACCAGGUUAAUUAGGCAUUUCGGAGUUGCGUAGGCAACUGGGGCGAAUUUCAAAUUUCAACUAAUCGAUAAACUUACACCACCAUAUAAAAGGUCAUGUUGAGAUUGGUCAUUUGACCAAGUUUGGUGCUCUAAAGUUGAACAGGGAUCAAGUUAUGACUCCUGAAACAUGGUUAAAGAUCCAUACAAACGUCUAUAAUUUUGUGACAGCGUCCCCAAAGCCAUAUAAACUCUUUUUCUUUUAUUUAAACUAUAAAAUUCGUCAUGCAUCUACUACUUGAAAGGAACUAAUUCGAAAAUCACUGUGUUUGCCCAUUUUAAGGAAUAUCACAGAAAUCGUAAAAAAAAUUAAGAGUUUAUAUGGUUUUGGGGGACGAUGUCACAAAAUUACAGAGGUUUGUAUAGCUCUUUAACCAUGUUUCAAGAGUCAUAACUUGAUCCCUGUUCAACCUUAGAGCACCAAACUGGUCAAAUGACCAACCUCAACAUGACCUUUCAUAUGAUGGUGUCAGUUCAUCGAUUUGUUUAAAUUUGAAACUCGCCCCAGUUCCCUACGCAACUCCGAAAUGGCCAAUAGGGACACUUGUUUCUUGCCCAAUCAACGAAUUCCAAGGAAAGUCAACCUCGCUAAUGCAAUAAGUGUGUGCUGUAAUUAAACUUUUCUUUUGGAAGGUAAAAAAUACCCUUUGAUGACAGCUUGCUGAUGUUCCAACGCUAAAGUACACCGUAUAGAAUCGAUUUUAGACGUCAAUUUCAGACUACUUUGCUACUAAACGAGUUAUGCAGAGAACGGUGAUAGGACUUUCCUUUACAAAUAGGCUAGCUUUCCAAUUUAAGAAAAAUAGGACAACUGAAAUGCACCAAUCAAAUGCCAGAAAAUAAAAUAGGUAAUGCAAACUAGCCAAUCAGCACAAAGUCCCUAUGACAACGCGCCAAAAAAAGUCUCGUUAGCUGAUGGCGGUUCGUCGGCGAACGCUCUUUGCUUCUUGUAGCUGUGAACGUCCUUUUGUUUUGAUGCGGUUUUGUUUUGGCUUCUUGUUUGGACCAUUUAAAAAGGAAAAUGUAUGAUCAAACUGAUGAAAGUUUGUAUUGGAAACAUUCAACGAUUCUUGAAAAUGUAUUCUCAAACUCAUUAAUAAUUCAUUAAGAAAAUACAAAGGAAAUUAAUGUUUAAUGAGUGUUUGGAAAUCGGAUGAAACACUGCUUAGUAUUUGCAUCCUUAAUUUCUCCUUCAAAAAUGAUUUUGUUUGAGAAGAAAUAUCAAACAUUCGACACAGUGUUUCAUCACCAGAUGAAACACCUCGAAGUUCGUCAAAAAUACUCCGCUGCGCGUCGUAUUUUCAACUCUCUUCUCGGUGUUUCAUCUGGUGAUGAAACACUGCAUCUCAUGUUUGAUAUAUUACCUGAAGCACUGAAACUUUGGAGAACAAUAAAAAACACUGAUAUAGUUGCGUUUAGAUUUUAGCAUUACAAAACAAGCGAACAAAGUCUGCGGAAAUCGUUUGAGGUAAUGAAUGAAAUGUUUAUUUUCAAUAGUUUUGGUGUUUUUGUUUCAACGACAAAUGGAAGGGUUCGAAUGUACAGUAUUUCGUGUCUGUGACACGCUAAAAAAUCUGGAUUAACUAACUAGCUAUAUAAUUGAUAAGUAAGAAGACUACAUGCUUGUCCAAUUUGAAAAUAACUGAAUUCAGCCAAAUUGGACGACGCCGUAGGCCGAGUCCUUUUUUGGGUGUCCUCGUAAUUUUUUUCAUCCAGUUAUUUCCAAAUUGGAUAGCACGUACUCUUACUACAUAUACAAAUGACAUUAAUAGGGACAGCUCGUUGAAACGAACACUUUCAGUGGCCCCCCCGUAUUAACCGGGAUAGACUAUUUUUUUUCGUAAAAAUGUUCUUUUCUCUCUAACAGGUAAACAUGGGGAUGUUUCUGAUACUUCUGCGAGUUAUUUUUGGAAAGCUGUCCAAUAAAUACAACAAAGAGCACGUUAAGUUUGCAAGGUGCUAAUCUCUGUUCAUUAUCUUAUCAGUCUUUUUGAGGACUGUGAAUGUGAUUCCGCUUUUGCUAAUCAUCGUAGCAAGGUUGUGGGAAAAAAGAAUGUGCCUGGGAAAGUUAACAACAACUACAAUAACCACAACAACAAGCAAAAAUGGCAACAUGCAAAACUAGUUGAUGAAAUUGUCCCUUCAAUCUUUUUAUCUGGCACUUGAAAAAGCAGCAACCGUACACCCAAGUCUACACCCACAGAGUAAUUUCCUUUCAACUGAUUACAAUACACUACACACUACAGUAUAACAGCUUACAGCCUUAUAUUAUAGUUACAUGUAUAAUAAUAAAAUGCGAGCAAACAUCAUUAAUUGAAACAAAGGGAUCCUCAAGCGAAUAUACUGCUUGAGAAUUUUGUCAAAGAUGAAAUCACAUGAAGAUUUACCUUUUAAAGAGAUGAUUUAAAAUUCCGUUACCUGUUUAUAAGGCAAAAGACCUAUUUUCUUGACCCUGAUUUAUAUCAUUUCGCAUACAAACUUAAUUAAUUUUUAAACUAACAUAAUGCAAAAAAAAAUUGUUGGUAUCACUCAAUCGCCAACUUUGGCUUACCGAAAAAGGGACCCUACUCAAGAAGCUAAAUUAUGAAAUUGUAUACUACUCUUGUUUAAGUCUCAAAAGCGUGAAAACCAUAUCCUGUUAAGCUCCACAAACCCGUUUAGGGCAAAGAAGCGAGUACCUUAAGCUAAAUCAUGAACUGAAUACCAUUCAGGUCUUCUAUUACCUUUUCACAGGAAAGGAAUACGAAGCAUGUUGGCCUUACUUCCACUGUUGGGUGUCACGUAUAUUUUGGGAUAUUUCCUACAAUUCCACAUCGCCGUUCAGUACCUGUUUGUUUUGCUGAAUUCCACGCAGGUUUGUUGUUUACACCAGAAUAGAUAUUAAUUAACCUGAAAUGUCAGAAAUUGGUAGCCAAUAAUCUAGCCAUCUCGCCAUCUUGGUAUUACUUUCUAUGUUAAAACAAAAAAAAAAGGUCAUUCAGCCUUUCAGAAAAUGUGAGGUGCGAUGGAAAAACUGAUUUUUACUUUAAUUUAGUCAACAGCUGCUGUUACAGGAGACAACUCGAACUACAAUCGGAGACAAAAUUACUUGAGAAAUUUUGCCCUUAAGUGUCUUUCUGAAGUUUUGCCGUCUUCAAAAGGCUAUAAUGAAGCUAUCCCUCCCCAUUCCCACAUGCAAUGUUAUGCCGCUACUUGCGCUAUCUCUUGGAAAAAAUAAACACCCCAGCUUUGACUGGAGGAGAGGGUAUAAAGAUGGGGGGGGGGGGCUUUUUUUGUCCAAAGUUACCUCAUUUGAGGACAUUGUAUCAGCAGUUUUGUCGCUGAUUGUUGGUAAAACAAUUUGAGUAACGGGCACCUACAACUAAUGGUAAUUAGUUAUGGAUUAUCAAAGCAAACGUCUCUUUUGAUUUACAAACAUGCUUCUGAUGGGUAACAAACUUAUAAUCGGAUUAGAAUCUUUUGUGUCCUUAAUUUUGAUCUUAACCGUUUUUACGAUCUUUCUUACUUACUAUCCAAUUCGAGGUCCGCUUUUUUAAAUGUUUCAAUAUGAACGUACUACUCAGAUCUUAAUGGCAACCGGAAUUUGAUCAACGGAUUCCGCAUACUUUUGUCAAUUGAGGUCAAGGAAAAUACCCACAUAUGACUUUUUUUUGUUCACAGGGAGUCACUUUUACCAUUUUUCACUGCGUUUUUGACGAUCAGGUAUUUGGUUAUAAAGCUCAGGGUAGUUUGUGCUUCUGUUAA